AUGAUAAGAAAGCAAGGCUAUAUCGCAGAGGAGCAUCUGAUACUAACAGAAGACGGAUACUUACUGACCUUGCACCGUAUACCAGGUUCUACUGGUUCUCCUAUAGUUCUCUUAGAGCAUGGCUUAUUGUUAAGCUCUUUUGAUUACACUGCUAAUGGAAAAGAUGAAGCACUUGCAUUUUUCCUGGCUGACAAAGGUUACGACGUUUGGAUGGGAAAUCUUCGAGGAAAUAUUUACUCAAGAUGUCAUAUUAAAUAUCUGACAACAGAUAAUCGUUUUUGGAAUUUUAGUUUUCACGAGAUGGGGAUAUACGAUUUGCCAGCCCAGAUAAAAUACAUCACAGACAUGAAAAAUGAUGAUAUAGUAUAUGUAGGUCAUUCCAUGGGAACAACAACGUUUUAUGUCAUGGCCAUUGAAAGACCAGAUAUUGCAUCAAAAAUCAAAGCUAUGUUUGGUCUUGCCCCAGUAGCAUUUGUUAAUCAUAUCAAAGGUGUUACAGCGAUCUUAGUUCCAUUGGCCUCCUUUUUUAAUAAAUUCAGAUAUUUUGAUUAUGGUAAAAAAGGCAAUCGGAUAAUGUAUAACAGUUCUGCAGUACCAGAAUAUGAGGUGACCAAAAUAAAAGUUCCUAUUGGAAUAUUUUACUCUGAUAAUGAUUUUCUCGCAACUCCGGAGGAUGCAAGAGAUUUUUAUAAAUUGAUGCCGUAUAAAAUAUUAGCAUACAAAGUGCCAGAUCCCAAUUUUAGUCAUUUCGACUUUGUAUGGGGUAUGAAUGCAAAAAAUGUCGUUUACAAAAAAUUACUAUCUGUUAUGAAAGAUUAUCAAUAA